UGUUGGGUUGGAGCCGGUUUGAAGUGGUUGGGAGGGGGGUAACCGGAGGGGCUCCGUUUCGGCUCGAUCGGAUCCGACCGGGCCAUUCGCCGUACUCGGAGGAGCUUCUGCAUCCCAGGGUGUGGGGGAAGGGCUCGGCGAGCGGCUGCUCUCGGCCGACGACGCGCCAUGAGCUCUCACUUCGUGAAGCGCACUCAGGACUCUCUGGGGAAAGUGAUCAAGAAGCCGCCGCUGACCGAGAAGCUGCUCAGCAAGCCGCCCUUCCGCUACCUGCACGACAUCUUCACCGAGGUUAUAAGGAUCACUGGGUUCUUGAAAGGACUGUAUACAGACUUUGAGAUGAAAUCUGAUAAUGUUAAGGAUAAAGAUGCUAAAAUUGCAUUCCUUCAGAAGGCUAUUGAUGUAGUGACAAUGGUGUCUGGUGAUUCUUUGUCUGUGAAACCUGCACGUGUCGUGGCUGGUCAUGAACCAGAGAAAACUAAUGAGCUUUUGCAAGCUAUUGCAAAAUGUUGCCUUAACAAGCUUUCCAGUGAUGAGUCGGUGAGGAGGGUCCUUGCUGGAGAAAAGACAGAUCUUAAAGCAAAAGCACCAUCUAGCUCCAAAUCUCAGGGGAAAGAAAACAGAGAAAAAAGUGAUGAGCAUAAGAAGCAAAAAGACAAAGAACAGGAGGAAAAGAAUGAAAAUGGAAUUAAAGACGUAAGCAGAGAUCGGAAAGAAAAGGAACAGUCAAGGGAACGUGGAAAACCAAUGGAUAAAGAAAGGGAUCGACACAAAGAUGGCGAUAGACGAGACAGAGCUAAAGAGCAUGAGCGAGACCGAGCAAGAACAAAAGAAAGGGAUCAGGAAAACCACAAGAAUCGUGGGGAUGGAGAAAGAAUGGAGAAGGAAAAGAAUCGAGGUACAGAAAAAAUGGAGAAGGACAAGAUUAGAGGUGAUGGAGAAAAGGACAAAGAGCGAAGUAAAGAGAGGGAGAGAAACAGAGACAAAGAAAAAAUGAGAGAGAAAAGAGAGAAGGACAAGGAGCAUGAGCAUUUGAAAGACCAUGGUAAAGACCAAGAAGUGGAAAAGGAAAAAGCUAAAGAACAGGAGAAAACAGAGAGACGGUCUAAAGUUGCUGCAGAGGACAAACCACCCAUACAGCCUUCAGAAGUGAUGAAGAAGGACAACAAAAAUGAUGCAGAGCAAGAGGUUGAGAGCCCUGUGAGAAUUCCAAGGCCUUCAUCAGCAAAAGGCCAAAGAAGGAAACCAAAAUCAGGAGCUGAAGAUGAGUCUGAUGUUGAAGGAGAUCCUGAAGCUUCCCAAUAUUCCAUUGAGAAGAAGCAUGCAGCUGAGGUGAAUGGAGAGAUUUCAGAUGAACUUUCUCCCCAAGCUGUUCAGAGCAAGCGAAUAUCUCGACCAGGAAGUGCAAGGCCUGCACCUCCCAGAGUGAAGAAGCAAGAAAGUGCAGAUUCUCCUUCAGAAAGACCUGGUAGUGCAAAGCCUGUGACUAAUGUCAUUGUGGAUAAAGGAAAGAAUGCUGAAGAGGAAGAGGAUGAUGAUGAACAGUUUGUGGUGGAAGAAACUGUUUCACAGCUUCCAGAUAUGCCUGAGAUGGAACCUGUGGCAGCAAUGGAAUUGCAUGAUGGUGAAGACCAUGGUGGACUUGUCAAGAAGAUUUUGGAAACCAAGAAAGAUUUUGAAUCUUCAAAGUCUGUAACAAAACAAAAAGAUCAGGAGAAAACCAUCAUCUCUGAAACAGCGAGAAAGAAGGAGAAGGAGCUAGUGACAAAGGAAAUAGAAAGACUACGAACCUCCAUUCAGACCCUGUGUCGCAGUGCCUUGCCUCUUGGGAAAAUAAUGGACUACAUACAAGAAGAUAUGGAUUCCAUGCAGAAUGAGUUAUCAAUGUGGCGUAAGGAAAACAAAAAGCACGCAGAAUCUCUCCUAAGAGAACAAAGUGUUACAGACAGUGCUGUGGAGCCACUAAAGACUGAACUUGCUGAACUGGAGCAGCUGAUCAAGGAUCAGCAGGAUAAGAAUUGUGCUGUCAAGGCAAACAUACUGAAAAAUGAAGAUAAGAUCCAGAAGAUGAUUUCAAGUAUUAACUUCUCUUCAAGAACGUGAGGGAGAAGGACUCUUGCACAUUCGGCACAAAGUCAUUAAUGCAGUUCGACUAAUGAUGUGAAGAAAUGGUGGCUAGGAGGAAUCUUGUAGCAGAGCAGACUAAUUGGGUGCAAAGCAUUUCUUUGCAUUCCAGUCUCUCAGUCAUUUGCAUUCCACUAGAGAACUUAUUAUAUUGCACAUUUUAAAGAAAGCAAAUGAGUGCGUAAAAUAAAAGCAUUGCUUAUAAAUAGCUUGCAGCCCUGAAAGCAGGACUUGUAUUUUUUUUGCUUGCAGAAGUUCAUGAAGACAAUUUUAGCAAAGUACUCAAUGUGAGUGCAAAAGGAGUUGGUUAAAAUUGAUGGGAGGAAUUUUACCCACUUUAUAUUUGACUGAUUGUUACUCUUGAUUCUGCAGAUUUCUGAAUGUUUUUAACAAGCUACAAGGUUCUCUGUAACAAUACAAACACCACAUUAAUUACCUCAACACCAAGGCAUACAGGCAAACUAAUCUCUGCUCAUUGUCCAUGGCACUCAGCACCACAUGGGUUUAUUUUACCAUUGUAAACUGAGGGGUUAGGCCACCAAAAGUUUUUUUUCAUAUGCUUAUAAGAACAUUUUUAUAAAAUAUAAUUUGGUUAUUCUUGAUCCUUUGGUGUAUUGUACAUUUGAGCAUAACUCAACGUAAUGGAGUUUCCUGUAAUUUACUGGUUAAUACAACAGUGGUUCAGAGAUUUUAUCUUUAAGUUCUAAUGUAAAAAUAUCUUUAUACAAAUAAUGGAAAUGCAGCACUUUAAUGUUCUUUUAAACAAUAGGUGGUAUUGGUGAAUUAAAUGUUAGAUCCAUGUUGCUUUGCUAUUGUAAUUUGAAAUAUCAAAUCACAACUUCAAGUCACCAGGUAGCCUAUAUUAUCGAAGGCACGAAAAAUGAUUGGCCAUAGAACUAAGAUAUAUUACUAAAUAAACUGCAACUAUUGCUUACAAAAUAUCACAAACAGAGGCAAAUGCUAUGAGCUCAUCCAUGUGAUGCAGAUCGGAAAAGCGUGUCAGCAAGGCGGCCUGGUAAAUUUAGGAAUGCUGAAUGGAAAUAGUUUGUUACACUAGCAUUGAUACUAAUGCAUGGCCUUGUUAAAUGGUCAAAUCCGACUCACAGAGCACAGGUUCACUUGAGUGCUCUCUGAAUGAAAUGUUGCCUGUAAUUAACUUUCCUAAGAACGUAAUGAAAUAUUAAGUGCUCUCUUGGAGCCAUAAUUUGUCUUCAGUAUGCCCUGGUAUCAGGAGACAUGAUUCUCAGCUACUACUUCAGUCUUAAAGAUAGCUAACCACUGGAGUCCCCAGCUGUUGUGUUUAGGUCAUAUUUUGAGGUUGGUGAAGAACGAUUUUAAUGAAGCUAAAAGCCAAAUCGCAUAUUAAAAUGACACAUUUUGUAACCAUGUUAAUUUUUACUUUUGAAGAACACCAAACCAAAAAUGUUGUUUCAGUAGUCUUUUUUGUUAUAACCACUGCCUGCUGCUUGCUAUGAUGGUGGACACAAUGAAAACACUUCCUUUUUUCCUGCUAACAAAGAAGAAUUUUCUGUCUCAUCAAAUGGAUGUGGUGCCUGUGACUAUCUUUUAAAUUUAUCAGAGGCAAACUUAUUUGCCAAUUUAAAAAAAAGCAGUUGUUAUUUGAGGCUGUUGACCAUAACUUGCAAUUUGUUUUCAAAGUCUUUCUCAUAAUGAAUAUUAAAAGUACCCAAGUACCCAUAAAACUUAUGUUGGCUAGUGUUUCACAAGCCACUGUAUCACAGAAUGUAACACUGCUUUAAUGAAAAUUAUCAGCCAACUCCUGAGAGACUCUGGAAAGUAUAACCGUUUGUACAUUAUUUUUUUAAGCUACAACAUUAACUAUUACUUUAGCAGAAAUAAUGUUAUCCAUUGAAUACUCUUGAUGUGUUCAGUUUUAUCAUUAAGGAUUACCAGCUGCUCCUCAGAAAAGUUGAUUUAAUCCAGGGCAAUGCAGCAAAUUUGUUAAUACAAGGAAAAAGCUAACUUCUGUAAUAUUAGGCUGGCACAAGGCCGAGUCAAAUAAAAAUAUUCUGAAAGUUGUUUAUUCCCUUGUACAUUCCAAGCCAGAAGCAUAAUAUACAACUUUGAGAAUCAGUAUUUCUUUACCUAAAGUAAUGCUCUGACCUGACCCAAUUAUCUUUUUAUGAAUAAGGUUGAAAGAUGCUUCCUGUCCCACCCUAAAAACAUGAAUGCUUUGAAAUAAGGCUUGACAGUAAAUCACUGAGUUUUGGAUAUGUAACAUGAGAAUUCCUUGUGAUAGUGGCCCAUUUCUUACAAUUCACAUUUAGUUUAAUUGUCCAAACAUAUAUGUUAGUGUUUUGGAACACAUUUUCUAUCCAGGAACAAAUAAAAUCAUCUUUCCUAUGAUGUUGGCCCCAUUUGUAGGAACUAAACUCAGGGCAAAUGUGGAAAUAAGUUGUUUUACAAUUUCCAUUAAUUUUGAAGACUUAAAAUUUUUCUUUUUAGAAGAAAACCUUGAUAUGAAAGAGCUAAUGCACUCUUCAGACUUGGUUGAUGGGAUUUUGCCAGAGCAUCACAAAGUCUAAUCUAUGUGGUAUGUUCAUUUUUGGGUGAACAUGCUGGAAGGAGGUGUUUGUGAUCACUUGUUUUGACACAAUGUUUAUUUUAUCUUUGGAGUAAAGUUUCCAGUUAAAAAUGAGCUGUGUGAUAUAUCCCAGAGGAAAUGUAUUUUGCCAAAUAUUAAUUGGUAAUAUCUCACUAAAUGCUUUUGUGUUCUGAAGAACUUUGAUCUUAUUUCUUCUGUCCUUUAAAACAAUCCAAAAUUGCAGAAACUACUUAGAAUGAUGUAGUUGUUUAAAACUUCUUUUGUUAGGUUUCUUUUGAAUGAUCAAAUCUCUUCUGAUGACUGGCCCGACUGGGUUAAGAUGCUUCAUGUUAAAUUGGAGAAGGAUCCUAAGUGAACUCCAGGUUUGAGUUAAAUUUAGCUGAUGCCAACUUGGCCACAGUUUGUCUCCAUUCUCCUGGCUAGGGAGGAAGAAAAUCAGCCACAAUUCUCAGCACAGAUUGCUUUCCAGUGACUCCUGCUGGAAACUGUGAAUGCUUAGGGUUGGCUAUGAACGGGGUUAUUUCUGACUUUUUGUUUACCUGAAAAGUGACAACUUGAACAUACAAAGGGCAGAGAAACCAAAUUAAACCAAAAAUAGUUGGUCUUUUUGUUUAAUCAUUUAAUAAUUCUCUUUUUUAAAGCUAGACCAAGAUGUAACUUUUGAAAUUUUGUUUCAACUGUUUAAGUCAGUGAUGAGAAAGUUUGGAAGAAACAUAUCUGUGCAUUAAUCUCGAGUUCUGAAAACUUUGUGCAUAUAGUGAGUUUGUGUUUUUUUAAAACUAUCAUUGUCAGACUUAAUCCCAAAAUUGCUGAUUAAUGAUUAACUAACAGUUUUAGAUUUUGAUUGAGCCCUUCAACAAACCCCAAAUCCUGCUUUGAAAAGUAAAGCAUGUCCCCUUAAGUGAUUCCUAAAACUCAGUGAAAACAGAUAAUCUUGUACAUCUCUGAACUGGUAUGCUCUACUUGUGUUCAAUUAGGCACAGUAUAACAUGUUACUACAAAUUUUUUUUUGCAAAUACACAUGAAAACUAUAACUCGUGUGUCUUUUAAAGGUGAAUUAAUGACAGUAGUGAUCUAAUUAUUCCCCCAAGACUUGUAUUUGUUUGAUAAUUGAUUUAUGUAACUUUGAAGAAGAGUAGAUGACAAACUCGGGCUAAUACUUGGUAACCACAGAGCAACAGAAAAGGACACUCCAACUUUAAAUGGGUAGUGGAGUCUAGUGCUUUUGCAAUGAACCUUCUCCAGAUUGCAGGUGAUCACCAGCUUGCAGUAAUGUGAACUGGGAUCAUUCAUUAACAUGAUAGUUUUGAUUAAAUAAAAUUCUUUAUGGAGCUUCAAAUGUUUGAUGCAUUGUUAAUUGUUACUCUUGUAUAUUUUUGUAAAUUUUGGUCACUGUAAUAUAGUUAAAUUAAUUUUCUAGUGGAGUGAAAUAAAAUGUGCAGCUGUAUUCAGUGUUCUGUUUGUAUUAGCAGCUAAGCUCUAUUGUGAAGGCUCAACAAUGGUAUAUGAUUCAGUUUUAGGGAAUAUUUACUGAGAAAACCCUUGUUCUCCUCCAGCCCUGUA